UUGCACUACAACUUUAUACUCCACCCCCAAGAAGAAUUGGAAUAGGAGACUCUCCUGGUCUAAUCCUUCCUCCAAAACCUCGUGAGAGUAAUGUUUCUUCGCCUUCUUCUCAUGCUGUAAUUUGGGCUCAAGAAUUUUCAUCCCAAAACUACUCCGGCUUAGUCCCUUGGCCUAUUCGGUCUCCGGAAUCUAGGAAGAUGCUUCCGCUAUCUCUCCUGAAGACGGCCCAAGGGCAUCCCAUGCUGGUGGAGCUGAAGAACGGGGAGACAUACAAUGGCCACUUGGUGAACUGUGAUACCUGGAUGAACAUUCACCUCCGUGAGGUCAUUUGUACCUCAAAGGAUGGAGACAGGUUUUGGAGAAUGCCUGAAUGCUAUAUUCGAGGGAAUACCAUUAAAUAUCUUCGAGUUCCUGAUGAGGUAAUUGACAAAGUUCAAGAAGAAACCACCAAGAGCCGUUCAGACAGGAAACCACCUGGUGUUGGCCGUGGAAGGGGAAGAGGGAGAGAGGAUGGUAGCAGUGGUAGGCCUGCCAAAGGCAUUGGGCGUCAGGAAGACGGUGGCAAAGGCGGUCGUGGCAAGGGUGGAGCUGGUGGUAAAGGUGGUGGUGGCAGAGGUGGAGGGCGUGGCCGGGGUUGACAGCGUGUCAAGAAAUGCCACUUUUAAAGGCUUUUCUUCAUGUUGCAUAGUUAGCCUCAAUGUGAAGAAUGAAUCAAUAGAUGUAACUUGUAAGAUUGCUUCAGUUUUGUCUUGGGCCUAGUUUCUGCUGCAUGAUAUGAUUUGAUGUGUGAGAAAGCUUUCAGGGAAACUAUUUUAAUGUUCUUGAUUGUUCCAUUAUUUGCUUUUCUAUAAACACAAGGAUCAGUUGGAAUCUAUUACAGUUCAGCGCUUUCCUUU